AGCUUCCAAGCUGAAGCUGUGCGUAAGACUUUUUUGACACCUGUUAAAAUGUUACAGAAUCUAAAAACAUUAACACAGGACUUUGCGGUGAAGAUGACAGAGUAAAGCAGGGACCAUGGCUGGCUCUUGCGUCUGCUGCCCAUGACCUGCACUGGGAGACGAGUGUGCAGCGACUGAAAACCAGCAUGUUAGAGAAGUGAACGUGACCCAGACACGCCCCCUCCACCUGGAGCACCUGUCCACGCUCAGGGCUUCCCUCUUUUCUGGAGGAAAAGGAAAAAAGAGAACCAGACUUAGACACAACUUCUUGUGGGUACAUGUUCAGACGGCAUCUCGUUUGAGAGGGUUUAGUUCUCCUCAGCAGAAGAUAAGAUUUCAAGACUUCAGCCAAGAUUCAUCUCUCUGAAAAUCUUUCUUUUGAGAGGAGAACCCAGGAUGGAGACUUCAGCCACCACAGAGGACUAUGACAUGAUCACAGAGUUUGACUACUCGGAUGCGACUCCGUGCCAUAAAGCGAACGAGAGGGCUUUUGGGGCCAAGCUGCUGCCCCCGCUGUACUCCUUGGUAUUUGUCAUUGGCCUGGUUGGCAACAUCCUGGUGGUCGUGGUCCUUGUGCAAUACAAGAGGCUCAAAAAUAUGACCAGCAUCUACCUCUUGAACCUGGCCAUUUCUGACCUGCUCUUCCUGUUCACGCUGCCCUUCUGGAUCAGCUACCAGUUGAAGACUGACUGGGUUUUCGGUAAUGCCAUGUGUAAGGUCCUCUCUGGGUUUUAUUACACAGGCUUGUACAGUGAGAUCUUUUUCAUCAUUCUGCUGACGAUCGACAGGUACCUAGCCAUCGUCCAUGCCGUGUUUGCCUUGCGGGCACGGACUGUCACUUUCGGUGUCAUCACCAGCAUCAUCAUUUGGGUCCUGGCCAUCUUGGCUUCCCUGCCAGGCUUGUACUUUGCCAAGACCCAGUGGGAAAUCACUCAUCGCACCUGCAGCCUUCAUUUCCCUCACGAAAGCCGACAAGAGUGGAAACUGUUUCAGGCGCUGAAACUGAACCUCUUGGGGCUGGUGUUGCCUUUGUUGGUCAUGAUCGUCUGCUACACAGGGAUCAUAAAGAUUCUGCUCAGACGACCAAAUGAGAAGAAAUCCAAAGCUGUCCGUCUGAUUUUUGUCAUCAUGAUCAUCUUCUUUCUCUUUUGGACCCCCUAUAAUUUGACUACGCUUAUUUCUGUUUUCCAAGACUUCCUGUUCACCUAUGGGUGUGAGCAGGGCAGACAGCUGGACCUGGCUAUUCAAGUGACGGAGAUGAUCGCCUACACGCACUGCUGUGUCAACCCUGUGAUCUACGCCUUCGUUGGUGAGAGGUUCCGGAAGCAUCUGCGGCAGCUCUUCCACAGGCGUGUGGCCGUGCACCUGGUUAAAUGGCUCCCCUUCCUCUCCGUGGACAGGCUGGAGAGGGCCAGCUCCACGUCUCCCUCCACAGGGGAGCAUGAAGUCUCUGCUGGGUUCUGACUGGGACCACAGGAGGCCAACCCAGAACCAUCAGGGAUGCCCUGCCAGGCUCACGGGGCAGCAGCCUGGCUCUCCCAGGCGGGUUCUGACACUUGGCACAGCAUGAAGUCACAGCCACUUGGGGUAGAGAGGGAGUGCACUGGGAGCCUAGACUAACCACUUCUGGGGCUUCAGUCUUUUCCAUGAACUUCUUCCCUGGUACAAAGGAGACAAAUGAGCAAAACCAAAUAUUCCAGAGACUGGGACUAAGCUUACCAGAGAAGGGCUUGGGCUCAAGCAAGAUUUCAGAUUUGUGACCAUUAACAUUUGUCAACAAAGUCACCCAUUUCCCCACUAUUGCUUGCACAAACCAAUUAAACCCAGCAGAGGUGACUGUGGGCUCCAUUCAAAUCGAGCUCUUGAGCCAUAGGAGACACUGAUGCAUGAGGAAUCUGUUCUUCCAUCACCUCCCCCACUCACCCACUGCCAGAGAACUUGGAAACAGUGAUUCCCACAGUGACUCCACUCUGAGUCCCAAAACCAAUCAGUAGCCAGCAUCUGCCUCCCUCCCCUCCACUCCCACCACAGGGUUUGGGCUCUUGAAAUCCUAGGGAACACAGAACUCAUGACGGAAGAAUUGAGACCUAAUGAGAAAUAGAAAUGGGAAACUGCUAUUGGCAGUGGAACUAAGAAAGCCCCUAGGAAGAAUUUUUAUAUUCACUAAAAUCAAACAAUUCAGGCAGUGGGCUAAGAGCACAGGCCAUAUGAAUAACAUGUUGUGCUUCUUAAAAUAGCCAUAAAGGAGAGGGACUCCUCAUUUCCAUUCGCCCUUCCUUUCAUUCUAUUUUUCAGAAUCUCCCUUCCCUUUAAGUUGGGUGAUACGUUGGUAGAUUCUAACGGCUUUACUGCAGAGAUUAAUAACAGGCAAAGGAAGCAGGGUUGGUUUCCCUUCUUUUUGUUCUUCAUCUAAGCCUCCUAGUUUUACGGGUCAGGGUUCUGACUGCUACCUUGGACAUGUCAGCA